AAAAUAGUCCGUGCUUGAAGAGACACGACGAUCACUUGGAGAAACGUGACACUCGUGACAGUAGUUUUGCAACGUUUGCGAGUUUACGAGGUGUACAGCGGAGAUCCGAGUGAAGUGUGUGGCUGGCACAGGGCACAGAUUGAGCACAUUAUAGCCUCGAAUUAACGAUCAAAAGGUUCGUCUGUACCUACUAGGCGCGAGAAUAUCAAAGGCUGCAGAUAUUACUACGCCGCACGUUGUGGAAGGAAGCAGAAAUCGAGUACUGGCAGGAAGUGGGUAGAAGGGGGUACGUCGUUGAGCUAGUUGAUUCGGUGGUGGCUACAUGUGGCUGUCCGCCGGUCGCAACGAGACAUUUUCUAUCGGAGCAUAAGAAAUUACGUUUCUCCACGACAAUCGACAGACGAAAGAAGCUAAAAUCAUGCAAAUGGAUCCGACGACAGUACACCUUAUCCAGGUUCUAGAGAGAACUGUCUCCUCGACAUGAAUUUUUGCAAAGACUCAGCGGUGUGCUGGUUAAUGCCACCGCAAGUCCAGUUGCUCGCAUGGCAGCAGGUCUUCAACUUAAAAAUCAACUUACAUCCAAAGAUCCAGAUUUAAAAUGUCAAUAUCAACAACGUUGGCUUGCCAUUCCUGUAGAAACAAGGGAAUAUAUUAAGAAGAAUAUUUUUGGAGCACUUGGAACAGAGAACAACAGGCCAGGUUCUGCAGCGCAGUGUGUUGCAUAUGUAGCAGUUACUGAAUUACCUGUCCGUGAAUGGACCAAUGUCAUUCAACUAUUAGUCAAUAAUGUUGUAAAUCCAAACAGCACAGAGAUAUUAAAGGAAGCAACUUUAGAAGCUAUUGGUUACAUUUGUCAGGAUAUAGAAAGCGACGUUUUGGUAUCUCAAUCUAAUGAAAUCCUCACUGCUAUUAUUCAUGGCAUGAAAGGAUCUAGUACUUCGCAUUACGUGCGUCUUGCAGCUACAAGUGCACUCUAUAAUUCGUUAGAAUUUACCAAAGGAAAUUUCGAAAUAGAGACAGAGAGAAACUUCAUUAUGGAGGUGGUAUGCGAGGCAACGCAGUCCUUAAACACACAAGUUAAAGUAGCUGCUUUACAGUGUCUUGUGAAAAUUAUGUCAUUGUAUUAUCAAUAUAUGGAGCCGUACAUGGCUCCAGCACUCUUUCCAAUUACUCUAGAAGCUAUGAAGUCAGAUAUUGAUGAAGUAGCGCUGCAAGGAAUUGAGUUUUGGUCGAAUGUAUCUGACGAAGAGGUAGAUUUAGCCAUGGAAGAGGGUGAAGCUACCGACGGUGGUCGACCGCCAGUCAAAGUAUCGAGACAUUAUGCAAAAGGCGCUUUGCAAUAUCUGGUACCUGUUUUGAUGAAAAAGCUUACUAAACAAGAGGAAUUUGAUGACGAAGACGAUUGGAAUCCUUCGAAAGCUGCUGGAGUGUGUUUAAUGUUACUGUCCUCUUGUUGCGAGGAUGCUAUCGUUCCAUUCGUUCUUCCUUUCGUUAAAGAUAACAUUAAAAGUCACGAUUGGAGGUUUCGGGACGCAGCUUUAAUGGCUUUCGGUUCUAUUCUUGGUGGUGUUGAUCACGCUACUUUAAAACCUUUGGUAGAACAGGCAAUGCCAACGCUUAUCGAACUAAUGUACGAUAGCAGUGUCGCGGUAAGGGACACAGCUGCGUGGACAUUCGGUCGAAUUUGUGAAAUCAUACCAGAAGCAGCGAUUAGUGAGACGUACUUGAAGCCAUUGUUAGAGGCUUUGAUAAACGGUUUGAAGGCAGAACCUCGGGUCGCAGCGAAUGUUUGUUGGGCAUUCACAGGUCUUGCAGAAGCUAGCUACGAGGCUGCGGAAACUAUCGAAGGACAAAAUCCAGAGACGUAUUGCAUGUCUCAGUACUUUGAUUUUAUUAUCCAGAGAUUGUUGGAAACAACGGAUCGUCCGGACGGAGCUCAAGCUAACUUGAGAUCAGCUGCUUACGAGGCACUGAUGGAUAUGGUGAAGAACUCUCCGCGCGAUUGUUACCUAACCGUGCAGAAGACGACGAUGGUGAUUCUGGAGAGAUUGCAGCAGGUACUGCAAAUGGAGACACAUAUCCAGAGCCACUCUGAUCGUGCUCAAUAUAACGAUUUGCAAUCGUUGUUAUGCGCCACCUUGCAAUCUGUGCUACGCAAAGUUACACCGGAGGAUGCCCCGCACAUUUCUGACGUAAUAAUGACAGCAUUGUUGUCUAUGUUCAAUUCGAAUUCUUGCAAAGCCGAGGGUGUGCAGGAAGAUGCUCUCAUGGCUGUUUCGACUCUAGUCGAAGUGCUUGGAGAAGGUUUCUUGAAGUACAUGGAUGCAUUCAAACCGUAUCUCUGCCUUGGCUUAAAGAAUCACGCAGAGUAUCAAGUUUGUUGCGCUGCUGUGGGUCUGACCGGUGACAUUUGCCGCGCCUUGAAAAACAAGAUGUUACCCUAUUGCGACGAGAUCAUGACCCUUUUGCUGGAAAAUCUUGGCAACAAUUCGGUUAAUCGUUCCGUGAAGCCUCAGAUCUUCUCCGUAUUCGGUGAUGUUGCUCUCAGUAUUGGUCCAGAAUUCAAGAAAUAUUUGGACGUAGUACUUCAAACGUUGGCACAGGCUUCCCAGGCGAAUGUCGACAGAAGCGAUUAUGAUAUGAUUGAUUAUCUGAACGAAUUACGAGAAGGUGUUCUCGAGGCUUACACUGGUAUAGUACAAGGAUUACGCGGUGACGGAUCGAAUCCUUGCCCAGAUGCGGCAAUUGCUCUGGUGGAGCCGCACGUGCCCUUCAUCAUCCAGUUUAUCACGUCUAUAGCCCAAGAUCGUGAACAUUCUGAAGGCAACAUCUCAGCCUCGGUGGGCUUGCUCGGUGAUCUCGUCACCGUGUUUGGAGUAAAACUCUUGCCAAUGGUAGAAACAGAGCCGCUUACGGAACUCUUAACCAAGGCUAGACGAUCACGCACUGACAAAACAAAGACCUUGGCCAACUGGGCAUCUAAAGAGAUCCGGAAGCUCAAGAAUGUUGCUAACUCUACGUCCAGUUGGUGA